AUGUUGAUAAAGGACGUUACCAUGGUGAUGAUACAUCGGGAACAUAUCAACAUUUGUGUAAAUUAUGCAACAAGACGUUUCCUAGUAACUCACAUCUGAAGACACAUAUGAGAGUUCAUACUGGAGAAAAACCUUUUGAGUGUGUUCCGAAAGGACGUUACCAAGGAGAUGAUGAAAUGUCAGGACCAUACCAACAUAUACCUCCUGAUAUACCAGGACCAUAUCAACAUAUUUGCAAACUCUGCAAGAAGUCAUUUCUCAGCAAUUGGCAUUUAAAGACACAUAUGAGAGUACAUACUGGUGAAAAACCAUUUGAAUGUGCCAAAUGUGGAAAAUGUUUCAAACAGAAAGGGCAUCUUAACAGGCAUAUGGUUUCACAUUAUGAAAAAGAAAUUGGAUUUUGA